UUUGUACUCUAUUCUCCUUUUCUGUAAACUCGUCCACAAUCGAUUCUUUGUCAUCGUUAGCAAGUGCGGUUUUUUGCACGCGGGUUGAUUAAGUUUAUUUAAUAAAAUUUGUUAUUAACUAAAACUGUGAAUAGUAUGUCCGACAUCGAUUUUGAAACGGAAUAUCGCCUACUGAUGUCACCAGCAAAUGCAUCUUCAGCAAGCAAGGAUAGUGCUAAAAGGGCCGCUAACUCUCCAGCCUCUAGCGAGGCGAAAAAGUCGCAUGUGGAGAAUACAGAUUUGAAGUUAGCGUUUAAAAGAAAAAAUGCCGAGGUUGACCAACAAUUCUUUGAGGCAGUUUGUUCAGCGCUUUCGGAUAUUCAAAGUGAUAUUCCCAGUGAUGUUACUUAUCCUGGAUUUUAUGGAUCCGGUUUCAAGAUGGGCAUUGGAUGGUUUUAUGCCAGGGAUGACGAAUCGAUGCUAUGGCUAAAGUCAGCUUUGAAACGGAUUGUGGAAAAACGGAUCAUCCCUGAUCUGGAAGUGCUGCCGUACACUAAGAUCUCUCCUCUUCGACGAGUUGUCUUCUCAGUCCCCACGAUACCACGUCUUGGCAAGGAUGCCAAGUCGUCGGUUCUUCGCAAUAUUGCUAGGCUAAACCCAAAUCUAUGCACGAACUAUUGGAGAGUAUUGAGAGUGCUUCCACCACAAGGAGGUCGGCAUACGAUAAUUAUGGAAAUCGACGAAGGCUCUGUUUCGGCUAUAGAAUCACAACGAUGUAAAGUAUUUUAUGCCUUUUCUCAAGUGUUUUUGUCAAUCACAGCAAAAAAUGACACCGCAUAAUGUAUUUUCGCCU